CCGGCGGCCAGGGAGGCGCGGCCGGGGCGGAGUCGCCGCGGGCCGGCCUCGCGCACUUCCCGGGGCCGAGUCGGCCCGGACGGUUCGGCGGCAGACUUGGGCCAUGGCCGGCGUAGGGGCAGAGCCCGGGGCCGAGCUGCGGGUCUUGGCGCCCGGGUUCGCCCAAGGCUACCGUCAGUGCAACCUGCACGAGCUGCGAGCGCGCGAGUUCCGCCGUCUGGCAGGAACUGUCUACCUCGACCAUGCGGGAGCCACCCUGUUUGCCCAGAGCCAGCUCGCAAACUUCACUAAGGAUCUCAUGGACAACGUUUAUGGUAAUCCGCACAGUCAGAACACCAGCAGCAAGCUCACCCACGACACUGUGGAGCAGGUGCGCUACAGGAUCCUGGCCCACUUCCACGCCAGCCCCGAGGACUACAGUGUGAUUUUCACUGCCGGCUGCACCGCGGCACUCAAGCUGGUGGCAGAGGCCUUUCCCUGGGUGUCCCGGGGCCCAGAGAGCAGCGGCAGCCACUUCUGCUACCUCACGGACAGCCACACCUCCGUGGUGGGCAUGAGGAAGGCGAUCAUGGCCGUGGGCGUCACGUUCAUCCCAGUCAGGCCUGAAGAUUUGCGCUUGGCAGAAAAACGGGGCGCUGCAGCCUGUGACCCCGACUGCCAGCUCCCACAUCUCUUCUGCUACCCGGCUCAGAGUAACUUUUCCGGAACUCGCUAUCCCUUGUCCUGGAUAGCAGAGGUCAAGGCUGGGCGCCGGAGCCCUGUGAGCACACCCGGGAAGUGGUUCGUCCUGCUGGAUGCAGCCUCCUACGUGAGCACGUCGCCCCUGGACCUGUCGGCUCAUCAGGCCGACUUGGUCCCCAUCUCCUUCUACAAGAUCUUCGGGUUCCCCACAGGCCUGGGUGCCCUGCUGGUCCAUAACCGUGUGGCCCCCUUGCUGAGGAAAACCUACUUUGGAGGAGGCACGGCCGCUGCCUACCUUGUGGGCGAAGACUUCUACGUCCCCAGAUCGUCAGUGACAGAAAGGUUUGAAGACGGCACCAUCUCCUUUCUUGACGUGAUUGCCGUAAAACAUGGCUUCGACACCCUGGAGCGCCUCACAGGCGGCAUGGAGAACAUACAGCAGCACACCUUCUCGCUGGCCCGAUACACCUACACUGCCCUGUCCUCUCUCCGGUACCCCAACGGGGCCCCCGUGGUGCGGAUUUACAGCGACACGGAGUUCAGCAGCCCUGAGGUUCAGGGUCCAAUCAUCAACUUCAACGUGCUGGAUGACAACGGGGACGUCAUUGGUUACUCCCAGGUGGACAAAAUGGCCUGUCUCCAUAACAUCCACCUGCGCACCGGCUGCUUCUGCAACACCGGCGCCUGCCAGAGGCACCUGCAGAUCAGCAACGAGAUGGUCAAGAAGCAUCACCAGGCUGGUCAUGUCUGUGGAGACAACGUGGACCUCAUAGACGGGCAGCCGACAGGCUCCGUGAGGAUUUCCUUCGGGUACAUGUCCACCCUGGAGGACGCCCAGGCCUUUCUCACAUUCAUCCGAGCCACCUGGCUGCACCCGGCGGCCGGCCACACCACCCAUCCUGCUGCGGAUGCCUUGGGAAGGGGCGCGGCCCAGGACCGGGCUGCUGGCCAGGACACAAGCAGCCCCUCCCCUCGGGAAGGCACUCUCCCCGCCCUUGCCGCUGCCGCUGUGGGCCUGUGCCCAGCUCCGUGUGAGGCCGUGGGAGCCCAGCCGACGACGUCUUCAGGAGCUGCCCCUGUCCCGGAUGGGGACCUUGGGACUCACGUUGUCACCAACAUUUACCUCUACCCCAUCAAAUCCUGUGCUGCGUUUGAGGUGAGCAGAUGGCCUAUAGGAAAGCAAGGGCUGUUGUACGACCGGAGCUGGAUGGUUGUCAAUCACAACGGCAUCUGUCUGAGUCAGAAGCAGGAGCCACGGCUCUGCCUGAUCCGGCCCUUCAUCCACCUGCAGCACAGGGUCAUGGUCAUCGAAGCCAAAGGGAUGGAGCCUAUCGAGGUGCCUCUUGAGGAAAGCAGUGAACAGGCUCAGGUUUGCCAAAGCAAGGUCUGUGCCGACAGGGUAAAUACGUACGAUUGUGGAGAGAAAAUCUCAAACUGGUUGUCGAGGUUCUUUGGCCGUCCAUGUCAUCUAAUCAAACAAAGUUCAAGCUUCCAGCGGAAUGCAAAGAAGAAACACGGACAAGAUCAAUUUCCUGCCGCAACAGCCACCCUUUCUCUGGUGAAUGAGGCACAGUACCUGCUGGUAAACCGCUCAAGUGUGUGGGAACUUCAGCAACAGCUAAGCACGAGCAAUGAGAAUGGAAGGCAGGAAUCAUUCCCAAUGCAAGACCUCAUCUCGCGCUUCCGUGCCAAUAUCAUUAUCAGUGGAACAAGGGCUUUUGAAGAAGAGAAUUGGGAUGGAAUCUCAGUUGGCUCCUUGCAUUUCCAGGUAGUGGGGCCGUGUCACAGGUGCCAGAUGAUCUGCAUCGACCAGAAAACUGGGCAGCGAAACCAGGACGUUUUCCAAAAACUUUCUGAGAGUCGCAAGAGACAGGUGAACUUCGGCGUGUACCUGAUGCACACCUCUCCGGAUUCCUCUUCUCCGUGCUUCCUGUCUGUGGGAUCUCAGGUGCUCCCCGUGCUGAAAGAGAACGUGCAACACCACGAUUUGCCUGCUUCCGAGAAACCUCAGGAUGUUAGCUCCUAAUUUUCCACCCAGCACUCAUUAAAGUUUCUCUGUUAUGA